AAGCUCAUGACAUUCGUAGCACUAUAGGCACAGGAUAAAAGUAUCCUGGCUCAGACAACGAACCGCCAUGCUAUUCGACGAGGGUUCUGGUUUGGUCUAUUCAGAACGCCUAGGAAGCCCCUGUGAUUGUUUGAGACGCUUUCUUCGAUCAGCACCAGGCCAACAUGGACGGCUUCGAACGCGGUCUCCACACGGUGCGCGCAAGCUGUAUGAUAUGUCCACGACGCGCCUGCUUCUCAAGCUUGCAAAUCUCGACGCCAGCUGCUUGGUUGGGGUACCACCUCACCUCCUAGAUACACUGUGGACGCUGAUUGAGCACGAAAAACGUGAUAGUCUGGCUGUAUGGAAGGUUUUCGCACAAUCGGCCAUCACGUCGCUCAAGGUGCGUACUCGCGAGGUGACUUACACCUGCACAUCAUGCCGGAACUUGGGAGGGCUGUUGAGCCUAGUGACGAGUCCACAAACCCACUGGAUGACUGACAUAACGCUGGACGGAAAGACUCUGGAACCGACAGAUGUUGUCCUUCUAGCAGACUUACAUAACGUGCGCCAGAUCACAGUCAGAAGCUGGACGCCGUGCCUGGUUACCGACCGCAUCCUACGCUCGUGGUCGGAAGCUGCAACCAACAGAGGUGCCUUCUCUAUGCUGGAAUGCCUGACUCUACGCACAUGCCCUCGACGUCAAUGUGAGGAUCUCAGCACGUAUGCCUUGGAUCAUCUGCACAGCUUCCCCAAGCUGGACGAGGUCUGCAUUGAGACUUGCAACAACAAGCUAUCGACCGGAGCAAAGGUUUGGGCCACAUGCAAUGGCUUCGUGCGGGAAAGUGACUUCGUCACGCGCGGAAGCACCAGCCACAUUCCGGUGGUACAUGUUAGAAUUGGGCUGUCAGUCGUAAUACACCGUAACAACCAGUUUAACAAGACGAUUUUGAAAAAGUCAUCGAACGAUCGUCCUCCGACCAAACACAAGAUAAGCUCAACGAAUGACUACGCUCCCGAACGCAAAUCUCGGAAGGUCACAAAGUCAAAGACGUUGGCAGAAACGCUUGCAGGGCUCGAUGCACUUUAAUUGCAGCAGUGACGAUAAAUGAUUAGUGCUGUCCGCGUGGCGUGCUGAGUGAUGGGGCAGCGAGAGAUUUGAUUAGCGUCCAUAAUCUCGACGUGUGCAAGCGGCCGUUCACAUCAUGCAAAGCUCAUGCACCAGGGUAUAGCACGCAUGUUGCAAAUGCACCAGGAGCUCAACCAAAUCCUCCCUUGCAUACCAAUGAUUCACAGCGCCCUUGUUCGGCGGAAACCGCACGGGCGAAUGAGCCGUCACCCCAGAGACUCCACCCGAACCACGGGUCAUACUGGGGUGAUCGAUCUCCAAUGUCCGUAGCGUCCGCGCUAUCUCGCUCUUCACAUGUCGCGAUGCACGGAGCGAACUCCUUCGCCGGUUGCUACAGACCGAGAUCUGACUAGGAUCUGGGCGGCCGCGGGCCCCUUGCCGUACCUGCAGACGCUUGUCCGGCUUCGUUUAGCGAUCGGCCUUCGUGGUAUCAUUGAUGGUUGUGCGGCCUAC